AUGCCUACCAUCCUGCAGAUUGUGGCCGUCGGCUCGUACGCCAUUUCCACAGGCACUCUCGCCCUGACCCCCCCUCCCGGAGCCCACAUCCAGACUUGCUACGAGGGCGAAACGUCGGCCUUGCAUUGCUACAAUGGCGAAGGCGACACCCCUCAAGAUGUGAGCGUCGAAGACGUUGCCUACGUCGGCGCCAAACUCCGCGAGUGGGGUCGCGGUGCCGAUGGAGGCCGAUUCCUGACGAUGCCGGCCGAGAACACUCCAGACUGCGCUGAAUGGAGCAUCUUCACCUAUCAAAGCGUUCUUGCCCUAGCUAAGCACAUCGACCCGAAUGUACACACGUCCGUCCUUUACGAAGACAUCGCCAGGACCGUCGAUGGUGGCGAGUCGGCGUCGGACGAAGAUAAAGCGAAGGCCAUUAUCGGUUGCGAGAAAAGUGGUGGAUCUCUGGGUGUUCUCGUCAAUGAAACUGACCCGGCGUACCACACUGAGGACUACAAGAGGGCAGGAUACACCCCGCAGGGCAUCAUCAUCAAGAUUGUGUCCAACGUCCCCAAGGAAGAGCUUUGA